AUGGGGGAAUCUAAACUACUUUUUUUAUUUAAAAAAUUAAUAAAUAAAAUCCCAUUUUUCUCUAAAUUUUCUUUUUUUUCAAAGGAGAAUUGUUGUGAAUUUCAACGUGGAGUUGAAAGUCAAUUAGACCAAUUAGAAGAAUUAUUACGUUUAAGAAGACAACAAUUAAUUAAUUAUAUUAAAAAUGAAAAGGAAAGAAGAAAAUUGCAACUUUUAAAACAAAUUGGGCGGUCAACUGCUCAAUUGGGAAAAGGAAGGGCGUUGAUCCAAUUUUGUAUUGAAAUAUUAAAAGAGCCGGAACCUUUGGAUUAUUUACAGGCAAAUUUCUUGUUAAAUAGUUUUUAUGUGGAAGGAAGGGUUGGCUCAGCCUUAGCAAAUAGAGUAACUGAUCAAGAAUUUCUUUGGCACAGAGAAGUAAAAACAAAUUGUCCAGAAGUUGAUGAACAUUUCCAACUUGAUUUGGAUAUUUUAAAUGUUAAAACAGCUAUAGAACAAUUGGAGUUUUUGCAACUUAAAGGUGAGGAAAAAAGAAAAUUUCUAGGUUAG